ACGACACCCGCUUACAAGGCAUAAUCAGUCUCCACGCUACAAUCGCAUGGACACACCGUUUCUGUCGUCCUCCCUCACACGCAACGUUCAUGUAUGUGCGAUCCCGUACCCCACCAUCGUCAACUUCACUCCACCAACAAUCCUUCGCCAUACUUACAACCUCAGGGAUCGGCAAGGCUCACUUGGUUGGAAAGUCAAUUAAACCGACGUACUAUCGCCCGUCGCCCCUCCGCGUCGUCGACGGCCGCCUGGCCAACUCAGGCACCACCUCACCGCACCCACUUCCUGCCUCCUCUACCUCCGAAGAAUGGGUCCUCGUAGACAGCACACCGGCAUCAUGUGUACAAAUCGGACUAUACCACUACUUCCAAAGUCGCGGGCCCAUUGACCUUGUCGUCUCCGGCCCAAACUACGGUCGCAACAGCACAGCUGUGUUCAGUCUCUCAAGCGGGACAAUUGGCGGUGCAAUGGAGGCAGCCGUAUGCGGCGUCAAAAGCAUCGCCCUCUCGUAUGCCUUCUUCGACCGCAACCACGACGCCGCCAUCAUUGAAGGCGCCUCGCAGCUUUCCGCCAAACUCAUCGCGCACCUCUAUGACAAUUGGGAUCCCAACACCCACCUCUACACCGUCAACGUCCCGCUCGUCAAGAACGUCGGCGACAACAAGAUCCUGUGGACAAACAUGCUGCAGAACCAGUGGCAGUCCGCAUCCUGCUUCCAAGCCAUCGAAGUCCCACCGGAAAUCGACGACUCGCCCUCGGACAUCGAGGCCCAGAACCGCAAGGCCGAGGAGAAUCUCGGCAAGAAGGAGCUCCAGAGUAACCUGGAGACUGGCGAAGGCGGCAGCGGCGCACAAAGCGGCGCCCAGUCCCCCGGCGCCGCCUCCGCGCAGGAACAUGUUAGAUAUACGCACAAGCACUUCAAGUGGGCGCCGCGGUUCAAGGACGUGUAUGAUAGCGUCGAGGCGAGUGAGCCUGGGAACGAUGGGUGGGCUGUUGCGCAGGGGUUCACGAGCGUUACGCCGUUGAGGGCGAAUUUUAUGCAUGUCAAUGGGUUUGAGGGGGAGAUUAAGCUGUGAGGUUUUAUCUGGGUCGUUUACAAGAAUAGUGGGUUUGUAAGUCAUGCUGCGAAUCCUGUUGUGAAUAUAGAACGUCUGAGUACCUGUAUGGCCGUUCUUUGAUGUGUGAGAUAUUAGACUUCUCCUGGGGGUGGUGCGGGUCUAAUCGCCCUUACAAUGAAUCGCUUCAUGUACAUGUGUAAUUACCACAUGAGAAGGUGACUCGGGAUCCCUUCCACGCACAGAAACAUAUCUCCAAAAGCGAAGAAAAAGUUGCAACACAAGACCUUGUAUUUCUCUCGUAUCCAGUCAGAUAGCUAACAGCCGAAAUAUGUUCUCAGACAGACACACAAAGUUCAAGUCGAUAUUUUUUUUAGUCUAUAUUCCACUCCUAAUCACGAUUUUCCGGCCGCCCCACCGACCACAAGACCAAUCUCUC